UGGGCAGGGCCCCGGCGGCUCCCUCCCCCGAACAGCUGCCGCCGGAGGGAGGACGCGGCGCGGGAGCUGUCCGGAGCCCCGGUGCUGAAACCCCGAACCCUCGUCAUCCGCCACUAACAUGUAAGGCCAUGAAAAGGGCUCGUCCUGGCGCAGCGCGGACAUGGAGGAGGACUUAUUCCAGCUCAGGCAGCUGCCGGUGGUGAAAUUCCGUCGCACAGGUGAGAGCGCAAGGUCAGAGGACGACACGGUUUCAGGAGAGCAUGAGGUCCAGAUCGAAGGGGUCCGAGUGGGCCUAGAAGCUGUUGAGCUGGAUGAUGGAGCAGCUGUGCCCAAGGAAUUUGCUAAUCCCACUGACGACACUUUCAUGGUGGAAGAUGCGGUGGAAGCCAUUGGCUUUGGAAAGUUUCAGUGGAAGCUGUCUGUCCUCACCGGCUUGGCUUGGAUGGCCGACGCUAUGGAGAUGAUGAUCCUGAGCAUCCUGGCCCCACAGCUGCACUGCGAGUGGCAGCUCCGCAGCUGGCAGGUGGCGUUGCUGACCUCGGUGGUCUUCAUAGGCAUGAUGUCCAGCUCCACACUCUGGGGAAAUAUCUCGGACCAGUACGGCAGGAAAACGGGGCUGAAGAUCAGUGUGCUCUGGACUCUCUACUACGGCAUCCUCAGUGCUUUCGCUCCUGUGUAUAGCUGGAUCCUGGUGCUCCGAGGCCUGGUGGGCUUCGGGAUUGGAGGGGUCCCGCAGUCGGUGACGCUGUAUGCUGAGUUCCUUCCAAUGAAAGCCAGAGCCAAAUGUAUUUUGCUGAUUGAGGUCUUCUGGGCCAUCGGGACAGUGUUCGAGGUCAUCCUGGCCGUGUUCGUGAUGCCCAGCCUGGGCUGGCGCUGGCUGCUCAUCCUCUCUGCGGUCCCGCUCCUGCUCUUCGCUGUGCUGUGCUUUUGGCUGCCGGAGAGUGCGAGGUACGACGUGCUGUCCGGGAACCAGGAAAAGGCAAUCGCCACCCUAAAGAGGAUAGCGACGGAAAACGGAGCCCCCAUGCCGCUUGGGAAGCUCAUCAUCUCCAGACAGGAAGACCGAGGCAAAAUGAGGGACCUCUUCACGCCCCACUUCAGAUGGACAACGCUGCUGCUGUGGUUUAUUUGGUUUUCCAAUGCGUUUUCUUACUAUGGGUUAGUUCUCCUCACCACCGAGCUCUUCCAGGCGGGGGACGUCUGCAGCAUCUCCAGUCGGAAGAGGGCAGUAGAAGCAAAAUGCAGCCUGGCCUGUGAGUACCUGAGCGAGGAGGAUUACAUGGACCUGCUGUGGACCACGCUGUCUGAGUUUCCAGGUGUCCUUGUGACUCUGUGGAUCAUUGACCGCCUGGGCCGCAAGAAGACCAUGGCCCUGUGCUUCAUCAUCUUCUCCUUCUGCAGCCUCCUGCUGUUCAUCUGUGUUGGAAGAAAUGUGCUCACUCUGUUACUCUUCAUUGCAAGAGCGUUUAUUUCUGGAGGCUUCCAAGCUGCCUAUGUUUACACGCCUGAGGUCUACCCCACGGCGACGCGGGCCCUGGGCCUGGGCACCUGCAGCGGCAUGGCGAGAGUGGGUGCUCUCCUCACUCCCUUCAUCGCUCAGGUGAUGCUGGAGUCAUCCGUGUACCUGACCCUGGCGGUUUACAGUGGCUGCUGCCUCUUGGCCGCCCUGGCCUCUUGCUUUUUGCCCAUCGAGACCAAAGGCCGAGGACUACAGGAGUCCAGCCACCGGGAAUGGGGCCAGGAGAUGGUCGGCCGAGGGGCUCACGGUGCCGGUGUUGCCAGGUCGAACUCUGGCUCUCAGGAAUAGUGACCCCUGGGGGGCUGAGCUGGUCUUGGUGGCUGUAGAGCCUGGGGAGCUGGCGGAGCCCAGCUGAGCCCCUCAUGGUCACUGCUGCCAGCAAGAAUUCACUCAAGGGUGACCUGGACCGAUAGGGCUUUGUGUCGUGACUCUAUCUGCCCGUACUCAUUGAGGUCCACCGGGGAUGGGGAGCCGUUUGCUCUGGGCGUCUGUGUGUCGGGGGAAAGUUUACUAAUAACCUGUGGAUCUGCAUGGGAAAACUGCCCCCACAGGAGGGGUAGGGAUGCUGGCUGCUAUACAGCGGCUGUCCAGAGCCACCUGCUCGCAUCCUCAGUGAACAGCCACUGAAAAGAAUCUCUGUAGAUAGUCCAGGCCCUCCACGGAUGGACCUAUUCAAUAGGUGUCCCCUACACUCCAGGCCCCAGGCUUUCUUCUUUGAAGUAACAGGUGACCUAGGUGUGUGGCCCGAGCUCCUGUGUCCCCUCAGCAGCAGGGCCCUUCUGAUUGGCUCCCCAGAAACUGCCUGGUGGGGACCCUGGCCAAAGAACAAGCGUUUGAACUGGAGCCGAGUGCACCCACCUUGCUCUCUCUGGAGUUUCUGUCUCUGGCUCCCGGGGACCCAGAUGUGUCCUGGGAGAGCUGAGAAAGCUGUUACCCCGCUCCCGACUUGGGAAGUGGGGACUGAAGCCCAAAGGAAGGGAAGCCACAGCAGGAACUUCUCCUUCUGAAGCCAGGGUGUCUUUUCUGGCCUUCUCCUGGGUCAGGCUGAAUGGUGACUCGAGAGAAAAGGAAACAGCUCACUCAGGUUUCAGGGGUUUGGAUUUUGUGGGUAGGUAGAUGGCUGAGUGGGCAGAGAACCCCAUUAUAACAUUAGUCACUGGCUCUGGUCAAGUCCUGGGGUCCGGAAUCCUGACGUGAAGCCCCGCCCCAACACAGGUCCCAUUUCUGUGCCGCCCCUCUGUCAGGAGCUGUCCCUGUCCUUACAGGGGCAGAAGCCGAGAUGCCCUGAAAUGGGGAGGAGCAGAGGGCACAGGUGGGUGCGAGGUGUACAUUUCAGAGGAGGAUGAAGGCCAACAGAGCAUGGGGUUGGCCCAAGGGCAAGGGCUGGUGGGAGCUAGGGCUCCACAGACUACACCCGCUCCCGGGAUUGGGUCUAGAAGAACCUCUUCCCUGUGGUGAAUUUGGGAACCUACAGCAGGAGGGAGCAAGCUGCACAUCUCAUCCAAGGCCAGAGAAAACAGACCCAUUGCUCGAAGUAAACAUUGCAAGGAAGCCAAAUGUGUGUGUUCAUCUCUUAUUAAAACAUGUUGGUGAUGGACAUCGCGAGGGUCUACGUUUGGUCACUUGUCAUCCUGUCCUAGUGACAGUUCAACCUAAUGGUCUUGUCCGCUCUGUCCAUCUGAACUGAUCUCGAUGCUUUGUCACGAUGACCUCCUCUCUAGUGCGGGGGGGGGGGCACAGUUGUCCGGCUACAUAGCGACCGCGAUGGACGACAUUUUUAGUCCUAGAGGUCAACAGCAAGCAAUCCCGCGUCCGAGGCUGGCUCACAGGAGACAGCAUCGAAGGCCGGACUCUUGAACUACGAGCAGCCAUGUCUCUGAUUAUCUGUAGAUGACUGAGUUCUCCUGGGUAAUGCAGAAGUUUCACUUGUCUUUUUUGCCUUCCAGCUGGUCAGAUGCUGGCAGAUAAUCCUUUCUCCUCUUCACACGCCAACAUCCCAGCCCCGCUGAGGACCGGGUGGGGAGGGAGUGCCUUGUGAGCGGGAAUAUUUUCCAGGGACUGGGAUGAAGGAGACUGUAGUUUUCCAAUUGAAAAAAAAAA